GUUUUCGCUUAUACCUUUAAAUGAUGGGGAAUAUAAAAUGCGUGUCCUUCGCUUGGAUAAAAUGGCGACUAUUUUCCGGGAUGCAACGGCAAAUGGGGCUGCUUGUUUUUCUGCUUUAUUUUAUUUACAUGGCAGAUGCACAGAUUCGCUAUUCUGUGCCAGAGGAACUGAAGAAGGGCUCCGUCAUCGGUAAUGUGGCGCAAAAUCUUGGCUUGGAUGUAAAACGGCUCCGAACUGGACGCGCCCGUAUUGUGACCGGAGAAAACGUUCACUACACCGAGCUGAAUGCAGACAAAGGGAUCCUCCUUGUGAACGAAAGAAUAGACCGAGAACAGCUUUGUGGAGAGGUUACGCCUUGCAGCUUCAGCUUUGAGAUGAUUUUGGAGAACCCGAUGGAGCUGCAUAGAAUUACUGUUGAGGUUUUGGAUAUAAAUGAUCAUGCGCCCGUCUUUCCAAGCAAAGAUAAACCAAUCAGGUUUGAAGUCAGCGAAUUAGCCGCUAUCGGGGUGCAGUUUCCGCUGCAGACCGCAGAGGAUUUAGAUGUAGGCCAAAACGCGUUGAAGGAUUAUGUUUUAUCACCAAACGACAAUUUUAUAGUAAAGCAACAUGUAAAUACAGACGGAAGUAAAAAUGUUGAAAUGGUGCUGCAGAAAGCUUUAGACAGAGAACAACGUCCCGACCUGCAUUUGAAACUGAUCGCAGUUGAUGGAGGGACUCCGCAGAGAUCUGGAUCAGUGAAUAUAGAUGUGACUGUGUUAGAUGCCAAUGACAAUAUUCCAGUAUUUAAUCAGUCGGUUUAUAAAGCGUCUGUGGUGGAAAACACUCUUAAAGGUACAAGUGUUAUUACCGUGAACGCCACGGACGCUGACAGUGGAUCAAAUGGGCUCAUUUCUUUUAGUUUGUCUAAAACGAAAGGAAGCGCUGCGGAUAUUUUUAGCAUCGAUAAUAGCACGGGCAUAAUUUAUGUUUUUGGCGAAAUAGAUUUUGAGAAACAGAGAAGGUAUGAGGUGCGAGUUGAGGCAAAAGAUCAAGGUGGCUUGAUUGGCACAAGUAAAGUCAUAGUUGAUGUAGUUGACAUUAAUGACAAUGCCCCAGUAAUAAGUGUGAUGUCUUUUUCCAGUCCGAUAGUAGAGAAUGCACCUACCGGUACAACAGUCGCUAUUUUAAACAUUAAAGAUGCUGACUCUGACAAAAAUGGUCAAAUUAAAUGUUCUGUAGUUGGAAAACUUCCUUUUAGAAUUGAAUCAUCUUUAACAAACUACUACAAUUUAAUCUUAGAUGAAGAUUUAGAUAGGGAAUCUGUCCCAGAGUACAACAUAACGUUAACAGCUACUGAUUUCGGUAAUCCUCCUCUGUCAUCGUUAACACAAUUGCGUCUUACAGUAUCGGAUGUUAAUGACAACGCUCCAUUGUUUGACAAAAGUAGCUAUUCUGCAUACGUCGUGGAAAACAAUCCAAUUGGCUAUUCUAUAUUUUCUGUCAAUGCGCGGGACUCCGACUGGAAUCAAAACUCCAGAAUCUCAUAUAUUUUAGAAGACACGCAGGUUGGAGGAAAUCCAGUCUCUGUUUACGUGUCUUUAAACGCUGAAACCGGAGUCCUAAGGGCAGUUCGGUCAUUUGAUUACGAGCACAUAAAAGAGUUUCAGCUUGUGGUCAAAGCACAAGAUGGAGGCUCUCCUCCUCUCAGCAGCAACGUGACUGUGAAAAUUCUGAUUCAGGACCAGAACGAUAACCCUCCUCAGGUUCUGUACCCAGUCCAG